AGGCCCCACGGCGACGCCUGGACAGGACCAGCAUGGAGCCCUGAGAGGAGGCGCGGCCGCGGGGAUGGCGAAGCUGCUGGUGCCGCUGGUGAUGCUGGGCGCCGUGUCCGGGCCGGGGGUCCCGGCGUCGCCGCCGUCGCCGCGCUGCCCCCCGCGCUGCCUGUGCCCCGCGGCCGCGCCCAGCCCCACGCUGCUGUGCGCCCGCACGGGGCUGCUGGCCGUGCCGCCCAGCCUGGACCGCGGCGCCGUGGAGCUGCGCCUGGCCGACAACUUCAUCGGCGCCGUGGGCCGCGCCGACUUCGCCAACAUGAGCAGCCUGGUGCACCUGACGCUGUCGCGCAACGGGCUGCGCCGCCUGGCCCCCGGCGCCUUCGCCGACCUGCGCGCCCUGCGAGCGCUGCACCUGGACGGCAACCGGCUGCCGGCGCUGAGCGGGCCGCAGCUGCGCGGGCUGGCCAGCCUGCGCCACCUCAUCCUGGCCAACAACCAGCUGGCCGCCAUCGACGCUGCCGCCUUCGCCGCCUUCGCCGCCACCGUGGAGGACCUGGACCUGUCGCACAACAACCUGCCGGCGCUGCCCUGGGACGCCGUGGCCGCCAUGGGCAGCCUGGCCACGCUCACUCUGGACCACAACCUGCUGGAGCGCGUGCCGGCCGGCGCCGUGGCGCGGCUGCCGCGCCUGGCCAGGCUGGACCUCACGGCCAACCGGCUGCGGGCGCUGCCGCCGGUGCCGGGGCCGCCGGGGCCGGCGCUGGCGGCCGGGGGGAACCCGUUGCACUGCAACUGCGAGUUGCUGUGGCUGCGCCGCGUGGCUCAGCCGGGCCGCCUGGAGACCUGCGCCACGCCGGCGCCACUGGCCGGGCGGCUGCUGGGCGCCGUGCCCGAGGAGGAGCUGACCUGCCGGGCCCCACGGCGCGGCCGCGGGGAUGGCGAAGCUGCUGGUGCCGCUGGUGAUGCUGGGCGCCGUGUCCGGGCCGGGGGUCCCGGCGUCGCCGCCGUCGCCGCGCUCUUUGAGGUGUCUGGGGGGGGCGUUGAGGAGGUGUUUGGGGGAUCCUGGGACUCUGGCGUGUCCUUGAGUGGUCCUGGGUGGGUUUUCAGCUUCCUGCGGGGGGGUGCGGGGGGUCUCGCCCCUCCCCCGACUGGCCCUCGCCCCCUCCCCAGGUUGCUGCCCCCCUCCAGCCGCACCUUCGUGCUGCGGGACUUGGCCCCCGGGCGGCAGUACGAGCUGUGCGUGUCCGCGCUGCGCGUGGCCGGGGACCCCCCCGCCGCCCCCCGCCCGCUCGGCUGCGUCUCGUUCGCCACGGCCGCCGCUCCGCCGGGCUGCGCCGCGCCGCCGCGGCCCCACUUCCUGGGGGGCACCGUCAUCAUCGUCAUCGGCGCCGCCAUCGCCGCCUCCGUGCUCGUCUUCAUCCUCAUCCUCACGGCGCGCUGGAAGGCGGCGGGGGCGCGGCGCCCCCCGCCCGCGCUCACCAGCGUCUGCUCCCAGACCAACGGCGGCCCCCGGCCCGCCGAGACCCCCGAGCUGCCCCCGCUGCCCCCGCUGCCCCCAACCGCGGGCGGGGGUCCCGCGGCGGGGGGGGCGCGGGGGUUGUUCCCCAGCCACAGCUACCCGCGGCGGGCGCGGCCCCGGCGCCACGGCUCGCUGCCGCGGCUGGACGCCCCCGAGGGGACCCCCCUGGGACCCCCCCUGCGCCCCUCCUUCGGCAGCACCCACUGGAUGCUGGAGAGCACCGUCUGAGGGGGGGGCACGGCGGGGAUUUGUCCCCCCUGGGGGGUGGGGGGCGGC